AUGUCGCUUGAUCUUCGACGUCCGCCAUUGCAUCCCGAUCUUUCUGAAGUGCACAAUCAAUUCCCCCAAAACGAAGAGAUCAGUUCACCAGAAGAGCUUGUCAUUCGUCGCAAAGUCCUCGAUUUCUCACUAGAAGACACCAUCCGUGGAAAGGAGAAUCUCAUCAUCCACGAAGAGCGCGAGAUUGCCGGACCGACAUGCCCGUUAAAAGCAUCAAUCUUCCGGCUGAAAGCCCAGCACAAGUCCGCCAAACAAUCCCCGGGAAUCCUCCAUAUCCACGGCGGCGGGCAUUGCUCCGGCAACCGCUUUAUGGGACUCGCAGGUAUGCUAGACUGGGUCGUUGAGUUUGGUGCUGUCCUCGUCUCUGCGGAAUACCGCCUCGCUCCAGAGCAUCCCCAGCCAGCACAGUUGGAUGACAGCUACGCGGCACUGGUGUGGAUGAGCGAAAACGCAAAAGAACUCGGUAUAUCGCAGGAUCAAAUCAUAGUCUGCGGCGCCUCGGCCGGGGGCAAUCUCGCCGCGGGUGUGGUUUUGUUAGCACGGGAUCGCGCAGGGCCAAAGGUGCGCGGCCAGCUGUUGAUGUACCCGUGGCUUGACGAUAGCAAUACAACUGGCUCGAUGCAGCAAUUCGGGGAUACUCCUCCUUGGACCAAGUCAAACAGCGUCGAUGCUUGCAACUAUGCCCUAGGAACGAAUCGUGAGCACGCUACCAUGUACACUGUUCCGUCGCACGCAAAAGACCUCGGUGGCUUACCGCCGACAUUCAUUGAUGUCGGCGACGCGGACGUGUUUCGCGAUGAGGAUGUCGACUAUGCAACUGCAUUGUGGAAGGCUGGUGUUUCCACCGAAUUACAUGUCUGGCCGGGUUGCUGGCAUGGGUUUGAUAUCUUUGUGCCGGAUGCCCCGAUUAGUCGUCAGGCGAGAUUGGCGAGAAGCGUGUGGCUGCGCAGUUUGAUAGAUAGCCAAUGA